UUUGAUUUAAAAUAACCUUAAAAAUUGCAAAUAUUGCAUUCAAUGAUUUUUCCCCAAAUAAAUUGGCACCAAAACUAGAAAUAUGUUAAAAAUCAGUAACCAGGUUCAAAGAAUAUGUUGUCGACCACAUUUAAAAGAAAUAUUUUCAAAGCCAAUGCGAAUAAGUGAUGAAACCAUUUGUAAACAUGUAACAAAUUAUAUGCAACGACGAACCAAAAAAAGUAGUUCCAAAAUUUCAUCUCUAUUUGUACCUGUGGCGGUAAAACCCAAUCCAGAUGAUAUAAAUGUAGGAGCUGAAUUAACAGGUUCAUUCAAUAAAGCUGAAUUAUUGAAACUGCUAAAUAAAUUCUACCAGAAAACAGAAAUAAAACAAUUACUAACUGAAAAUGGACUUGAUAAUUAUUUACAACAUCAAUGUUAUGUGAGUUUCCGAAGAUUUUGUUUAGAAGCAGAAAAUUUACCUGUUGAUAUGCAUAUAGUAGUUAGUGAUAUUUUACAAGGAGCUGGAAAUGUAACUGAUAUAUUUCCAUACUUCAUUAGGCAUGCCAAGCAAAUGUUUCCUCAUUUAGAUUGUAUGGAUGACCUGAAAAAAAUUUCUGAUCUGAGAACACCAACUAAUUGGUAUCCUGAGGCUAGAGCUAUCAAUAGAAAAAUUAUAUUUCAUGCAGGUCCUACAAAUUCUGGUAAAACAUUCCAUGCACUAGAAAGAUUUUAUUCUGCCAAGUCUGGAGUGUAUUGUGGACCCCUUAAGUUAUUAGCUGUAGAAGUCAACAAUAAAGCAAAUGAGCGUGGCACUCCUUGUGAUUUAAUAACAGGAGAAGAAAGGAGUUAUGCUGAUCCUUCUGGAGCUCCAUCUUCCCAUGUGUCAUGUACAGUGGAGAUGACUUCUGUUAAUACCCCUUAUGAAGUCGCUGUGAUUGAUGAGAUACAAAUGUUAAAAGAUCCAGGGAGAGGGUGGGCAUGGACAAGAGCUUUAUUGGGAAUAAUAGCAGAAGAAAUACAUAUUUGUGGAGAGGCUGGAACAGUAGAUCUAUUAAGACAAUUAUGUUUGACGACUGGUGAAGAUCUAGAAGUAAGGAAUUAUAAAAGAUUGACACAAUUACAAAUCGAAGACCAAGCAUUAGGGUCAUUGGAUAAUGUACAACCUGGAGAUUGUAUAGUAUGUUUCAGUAAAAAUGACAUUUAUACAGUUUCAAGAGGUAUUGAAGCAACAGGAAAGGAGGUUGCUGUUAUAUAUGGGGGUCUUCCACCUAAUACCAAGCUUGCUCAAGCUUCUAAAUUUAAUGAUCCUGAAAAUGCUUGUAAAAUCAUGGUGGCAACCGAUGCUAUUGGAAUGGGGCUGAAUUUGAGUAUUCGAAGAAUCAUAUUCUAUUCUUUGAUAAAACCAACAAUGAACGAGAAGGGAGAGAAAGAAAUGGAUACAUUGUCAGUGUCUUCUGCACUUCAAAUUGCAGGCAGAGCGGGACGUUAUGGAACUCAAUGGGAAGAGGGGAGAGUAACAACAUUCAAGACUGAAGAUUUGAAAACUUUGAAAACAUUAUUGGCAUCUCAACCAGAACCUAUUGUUCAAGCUGGUUUACAUCCUACAGCAGAUCAAAUCGAACUGUAUGCUUACCACUUACCAAAUUCUACAUUGAGCAACCUCAUGGAUAUAUUUGUCAGUUUAUCAACGGUAGAUGACUCUUUAUAUUUCAUGUGCAAUGUGGAAGACUUCAAAUUUUUAGCAGAUAUGAUUCAGCAUGUCCCAUUGCCUCUCAGGGCUCGAUAUGUUUUCUGUUGUGCUCCAAUAAAUAAAAAGAUGCCUUUUGUGUGUACCAUGUUCCUGAAGUUCGCUAGGCAGUAUAGUAGAAAUGAACGAAUAACAUUUGACUGGUUAUGCAGGAAUAUAGGAUGGCCUUUACGAACACCAAAAACAAUUAUGGAUUUAGUUCAUCUUGAAGCUGUUUUCGAUGUUCUCGACUUAUACUUAUGGUUGAGUUACCGCUUUAUGGAUCUUUUUGUUGAGGCUAGUCUUAUAAGAGAAAUGCAAAAAGAACUUGAUGCCAUCAUUCAACAGGGAGUGAAACAGAUCACAAGACUAUUGAAAAAUUCGGAGAAUUACAUCAGUUCUGGUACUUCCUCUGCUGCUUCUGCUGAUGAUGAUUUUUCUUUGAAUAGGCAAAAACAAAGUUACUUGAGAGAAGAUAAACCUUUAGGAGGAAGACGUUUAACUGAGAGAUUGUUAGCACAGGGAAUUUUAACACCAACGAUGCUACAAGAAUUGAAAAAAGAAUGGAAUAAUUCAUCUAAUGAAGCAACACUUCAAUCUGAAAAUGAAAAUAGCCAAAUAGAAGAGGUCAAUCCUAAAUGUGAAACCAAAAAAACAAGAAAAAAGAAGACAACAAAAUGAUAUAAACUACAUUUAUAUAGCCAAUGAAAAUAUAUUAUUUUUUAUUUUUAA